AACUCAGAGCUUUCUCUCCCACUGCAGGGCAGGAAAUACCACUUGGUCCCUUUGCCGGUUGCCAAUGCUCCAGCUGACAGCCACCCCGGCAAGUGCCCUCGCGGAUGAGCCCGUGCACAUCCGAGUGACAGGCCUGCCCCCACUGCAGACGGUAACCCUCAUGGCAUCUAUGAAGGAUGAGAAGGGGAAUCUGUACCAGUCCAGAGCCUUCUACAGGGCCAGCAAGGCUGGUGAGCUGGACCUGAAGCAGGCUCCUGCCUUGGGAGGCCACUACGUGGGGGUCCACCCGAUGGGCCUCUUCUGGUCUCUGAAGCCUGAGAAGGCUUUUGAGAGGCUGAUUAAGAAAGAUGUGAUGAACAGCCCCUUUUGGAUCACUCUGGAUCUGUAUGACUCCGUUUAUUUACAAAAGUCAGGGGAGGUUCAGCCCAGGGCCAGCCAGGUGGUGCAGCGUUGGUUCUCCAGCCCUGAGGUGCAACGGGUGCAGAUCCGAGAAGGUCGUGUGCGAGGAGCCCUUUUCCUCCCUCCAGGGGAAGGCCCUUUCCCAGGACUCAUUGAUUUGUUUGGGGGCAUCGGGGGUCUAGUUGAAUAUCGGGCCAGUCUUCUGGCUGCCCAUGGCUUUGCAGUGCUGGCUUUAGCAUAUUUUGCCUACGCGGACCUGCCCAAGCAGUUGCAGGAGGUGGACCUGGAAUAUUUUGAGGAAGCUGCCAACUUGCUACUAGCUCAUCCCAAGGUCCAAAAGCCAGGAAUUGGAGUGAUCUCUGUGAGCAAAGGUGCAGAGAUCGGGCUGGCCAUGGCCUGCUACCUGAAGGAGGUGGCAGCCACCGUCUGCAUCAAUGGGUGCAAUGCUAUCUUUGAAUUUCCGCUCCGGUACCGGGAUCUGCUUAUAACACCCAUCCCCUCGCUUCCGGAGCGCAUGGAGUUCAACAUCAUGGGCGCGUUGUGCCUCCGUCACUACAAGGGGAACCCCCGAGAUGAACUCAAUCAACACAGUGUGCUUCCUAUUGAAAAGGCCCAGGGUCCGAUCCUCUUCAUUAUAGGGGAGGAUGACGAAUGCUUCAAUAGCAGAGAGUACGCUGAGCAAGCCCUGGACCAGCUGCGGAGGCACGGCCGAAGCAGCGGAAGGCUGCUGCUCUACCCCGGGGCGGGCCAUCUCAUAGAGCCGCCCUAUUCGCCCCUGUGCUAUGCGUCCUGGAGCCGCGGCCUCUUCUGCCCCCUGCUCUGGGGCGGGGACCCUGCUGGCCACGCGGCAGCCCAGGAGCACGCCUGGGGAGAGAUCCAGAAAUUCUUCAGGCAACACCUUGUUCAGAGCAGAAGCACACUCUAAGGGUGAUGAUAGGGGAGGGGAGACAAAAAAAUUGGAUAAGGCAGGGAUGUGGGUGGGGGAGGGGACUCCUGAUUUCUCUAGAUUCAUAGUCAUCUUGAACCAACUGGAAGGAAAUUGGACAAAGUCAAAGAAUCAGGUGCAUCUGAAAUAUUUCUAACAAAAUUGUAUGUGCUUUGAAUUUUUGUAAAUUGAAUCUUGGUUUAUAUGCACCAGGGUACGUUGCUAUUUCAAAAUUGUGAUACCCUUGCAAACUGAAUAACCUUUUGUACCCCAGUAAGGGAAACCUUGGAUCCAGGUAUUGCCAAUCUAGAUGAACGUCCUGGAACUUUGAAGUCACUUGUGAAAUCAUUUUCUGUUUAAACCACUGUGAGUUGAAUUUGACAUUUGAUAUGAAAAGUUCUGAUGCCACCAUCAAGGGUAAUUCUUGCUAGAGAUUUCCAGUAGAUAUGUUAAUUCUUUUUUAGAAUAGUGACGCUUCUUUUUAUUCCUAAAAUAUAUUUCUUUUUUAUAAUUUUAAUCAGGAGUGGGGCUAAAUGCUCAAGUGCCUUUGGAGCGCUUAGUGAAAUUAAAUGAGCUAUAUUUAAAUUGAUUAGAAGAGAGCCGGGCACAUAGCAAUUUCUAUAUCACAGUUAGCUAUUAUCAUUUUCAUGAUGCUUUUCUCCUUUAAUCUGUUAAUGUGGUGAAUUGCAUUCAUUAAUGGACUAAUUUUGCUUAUUCAUCUAAUUCUACUAGAUCAGUUUCUCAUAUUGACUAUUUUGGGCUUUAAAAUUUCUUUUGAAGCCAACCUAGUCAUUUAUAUUUUCUCAGAAUUUCACCCCUAUUUUCUGGAACACAUUUUUCUCUUAUAAUGUUUUACAUAUCCCCUGUUGUUUAUUUGCAUGCUUUCUCCUUUUCCUUUCAGUCUGACUUGCUAAAUAUUUGUCUAUUUUAUUAAUCUUUUCUUAGAAUAGCUUUUGGGUUGUUUAUUGGUCAAAUCUAAUUUUUCCUGAUUCAUCAGUGUAUGCUUCUUUGAAAUAAGUUCAUUCCUUCUGCCAUAUUUGUGUUUUCCUGGCUUUUUGAUAUGCAGUGUUCUCAUUUUGUUAAUGUCUAAAUAGUUUCUGAUUUACUUCCUCCCUCCCCCACCCUUAAACCCAAGAGUAAUUUUACCAAAGUACAAAGUAUCAUCCUGUAGAUACCUUGCUGGUUAUAAGGAACCUCACUUUGCAAUGGAGGGGUCAGAUUGUCUCCACCUGAACCCACUGAUCAAACUUAGCAUCUCUAAAAAAUGGUCUAUUUGACAUGUUGUGUUUCAUGACAAGAUGUAAUGUCGAGUGCCCAGCACUACUUAGAACUAUUUCUAACAACACUGUUCAACUUGAAGCUAAUCAAGCCCUUAGAUCAAACUUCUUACUAAUGUGGUAGUUAGUGAGCAAGUUAAAUGGUACUACAAGGAGACAAACAUAGAUUGUCCAUCAUUCUAUAACCUGGUCUCUUCACAAGUUAAUUACCAACUGACCUUGUCUCUUUUCACAAGUUAAUUGCAUGAAAAAAUUUGGAAUUUUUCACUUUGUGGGAUUUUGCUUUCCUUUUUGCAUUGGAGUGAGCUGGGGGAUUGUUCAAAAUUAAAAGGGACUUAAGAGGCAUAUCAACCAAAUGCUAUGUGUGGGCCUGGUUUGAACAAAGUAACUGUAAAAAGACAUUUGGGGGAUAAUCUGAAUAUGACUGGAUAAAUCUGGAUAUGAGUGGAAUAUGACUGGAUAUGAAAUUGUUAUCUUGUUAGGGGUCAAAAUGGUAUUGGGGUUAUGUAAAAAAGUAACUUUUUAGAGAUGCAUACUGACAUAUUUAGAGGUGAAGCAUUGCAGUAUCUGGGAAUUGUUUUAAAAUACUACAGGAAUAUGGCAAAUGUGAAAAAUUAUUAUAUCUAGAUGAUCGGUAUAGUGAAAUUUGUUUUCUCUAC